UUCUAAGCUUCUAUGUUUCUCUGGUUUCUCCUUUGAAAUAUAAUUCUGUUAUUUGUUGAUUUUAAAAUUUCAAAGCCGGUUUUAUAAAAUAUGGACCCUAUGGAUCUACCUCAACCGCCCGAUGCAUAACCUUUUGUAGAUAUAGACCUUAAAAACAUAAUUGAUAAAUUGGCUCAAUUUGUGGCUAGAAAUGGCCCCGAAUUUGAACAGAUGACAAAAAAUAAGCAAAAAGGAAACAGUAAAUUUGGGUUUUUAUAUGGUGGUGAAUUUUACAACUACUAUCAACAUAAAGUAGAUGAAGAACAUGCUAUAGUUAAACAGCAACAACAGGCACAGACUUUGUCACAAGGACCAGCACCUCCACAACUGCCUCAAAUACAACCAUCAAAUCAAAUAACAACAGAACAGGGUAAUACUUGGAAUAUGCCACCUCCUACUUUAAAUAUACAACAAACAAGGGAAAUUGAGCAAAUAAAUCAUCAACAGGAUGUUUUAAGAGAACAAAUAAAGCAAAGUGAACAAAAUUUAAAUGCUCAACACAAUGUACUUAUACAGCAACAACAGGCUGCUGUGGAAGCGAUAGUAGCAAAAUGUCAAAUGAGUGAUUUACAAAAAGCUUGUGAAGAAUGUGGUGUGUCUUUAACAGAGUUGCAUAGUAUAUUACAGCCAAUUAUUGAUAGUUGUACUAAAGAUAGUAUUAGUAAUGGAAAGUCCUGGUUUUUGCAACAAGCUAAUACAAAACAAAAAUCAGUUUGUAUUGUAAAUUGUUUAUUAUAUAAGGUUUUACAAUCCAGCACAUUUCCUCAAAAGUUACAUGUAAUUUAUUUAGUUAAUGAUUUAUUACAUCAUAGUGCUAGAAAAAAUGCAUGUGAUUUAAAGGAACAAUUAGAGUUUGCAGUAGUGCCAAUGUUCUGUAAUGCAAGUAUAACGGCAAAAGAAGAUCAAAUGCAAAAACUAAAUAAAUUACUAAAAUUAUGGGAGUCAAAAGCAAAUUACUUAAAAUCAGAGACUUUAGAAAAACUUCGCAAACCAUUAAAAAGCUACCAGCAAUACCAAUCAGACCAAAUGGUAAAAUAUGCAACAGAAGUAGCUGCAUUAGCUGAGCAAACCAAAGUUACUUUUGAGGGAUAUCAGUCCCAACAUCAAGCCUUUGUUUGUCAUGCAAUGCAACAAAUUAUGGAUUUGCAACAACAAAAACAAAAUAUUGAACAUGUGAAACCACGACAUGUAUCUACCAGUGAACCUCCACCUUCAAUGCUGCCACUUGAAACUAUUCAAGCUACUUUGCAACAGACAAUUCAGUCUUUGUCACAGACUUGCCAACCUCCUCCUCCUCCUCCUCCAAAUCAGCAAACAUUUCCAAUACAAAGCCUUGUUGGUCAGGUUAAUGUUGAUGAUAAUAGCAGUUUUAUGCCAAAUUUAAAUGUACCUCCUCCAAAUAUUGCUGUCAUUCAUCCAACAAGCCAAGCAGCCCCACCACAACUUGACAUACAACCUCCUCCUCCGUCAAAUGGAAUGGAAAAUCCAUUUUCGCAGCCACCGCCUGCAUUUUUACCGCCUCCUGGAAUUUUUCCGGAUUUCUCGAAGCCUCCUCCCGGAUUCCCUCCAAAGAAGGAGCUGUUUUUAGAGGAGUUAAUGCCCGCCGCGCCUUACUACGAGUUGCCCGCAGGACUUAUGGUACCCCUAGUAAAGUUAGAAGACUUUGAAUACAAACCCUUAGAUCCUAAAGAAAUUAGGUUGCCGCCACCGGCACCUCCUAACGAGCGACUAUUGGCUGCAGUUGAUGCCUUUUAUUCUUUACCUAGUCAUGAGAGACCCAGAGAUAGUGAGGGCUGGGAAAAGUUAGGUUUAUACGAAUACUAUAAAGCUAAAAAUCAAGCACGGAGGGAAAAGGAAGACGCUAUUCGAGACGGUUUGCGAUUAAAAUCUCGCAGUCCGUCCCCUGUCAUUCUGCGAGCAGAAAAAGACGACGCGCCUCCGAAAAGGAGAUACAGAAGUAAAACACCUACUCCUCCGCCGAUGUUGUAUUGUAGAAAUGAAAGUAGAAGAAGAAGAUCAAGAUCUAGGUCCCGAUCUAGAUCUAGAUCCAGAUCACGGGAUAGGGAUAGAAGCCGCUCAAGAAGUCCUAGAAGGCGAAGAAGUCGAAGGAAUUCGCGGGACGAAAGAGACGGAGGGGGGAGAAGAAGAAGAAGUUACUCAAGAUCCAGGUCGAGGUCAAGGACGCCCUCCAGAAGAUCUAUGUCACCCGGAACAGUAGCAUUUAGCAGUAUGCCAUUUUCUAGAAGCGAAUCCGAACUGGAUGCCUCAAAUAAGGGGCACGAAAUGCUGAAAAAAAUGGGCUGGGGUGGCCGCGGCUUGGGCGCAAAAGAGCAGGGCAUCGAUGCGCCCAUAUCUGGAGGAGAUGUACGUGAUCGACAUGAUCAAUUUAAGGGCGUCGGCUGUAACCUCAAUGAUCCAUACGAGAACUUUAGGAAGAAUAAGGGUGUCGCUUUUAUUUCUAGAAUGAAAGCUAGGGCCGAAGAACGAGAAAAAGAAAAAGAUAUUCCCAGGAGGUCGGAGGUGGUCUAAACCCUUUGCAGAGGUUUGUUUUACAGUUUUGUUUAUAGAUAAUGACAUUUAAAAGGAAUCUUCUGUUACUUAAAUAUUAUUGUUUAACUAAUAUAAAUUCUAUAUUGACUUUUCAAUUCUCUUUUUCCAAUUUUGUGUAUAAAUUGAAAAAUAUGUAUAUAUAAAUAUAGUAUAUUUCCUUAAUAAAUAGCAUAACAGGAAAAAA